UCCAGUCCCGAUGAAAGGUCUAGGCUGAAAAUGUCGACUGUUCAUUUCCCUCCAUAGAUGCUGCCUGACCUGCUGAGUUCCUCCAGCAUUGUGUGUGUGUGUGUUGCUCCAGAUUUCCAGCAUCUGCAGUCUCUCUGCGGAAGUUCCCACAGCCCAUUCUGCAGCCCAUCCUUCGUUGCCAGGGAAGAAAAUAUGGCUGGAGUCUCAGCAAAGGAAGAUCUAAUUGGAUUGGACUAGAGAAGAUGGGCUAAAAUUUGACAAAGAGAGCUACUUGCACUUAAGUGGAUAAAUCACCAGAUUUAAAUAGGAGGCACCCCAGGAACUGGGGAAGGUCAAGGGAGGAAAUUGGAGAGACUUUUGCUAUAAUCAAACACUUAAGGAUGGUGUUUGGGACCUGGACAACUGCAGAUGUUACACCCUUUUUCAAAAUGGUUAAUGUAAUACAGUAUGCAGCAGCCUGGAUUAACAACCCAGAGACCUGAAUUUAAAUCCCAUCAAGGCAGAUAACAAAUUUAACUUUAUUUAAUAGUUUGGAUUUCUUUAAAAGAACUGCUAGCCUUGUUAAUGAUAACUGGCAAAACUACUGUGUCCUGAAAACACAUUUGAUUAUUCAGAGGAGGCAAUCCUUGUGUGGUCUGCCUGAUAAGAGACAACAUUACCACAAAUCUCGUUGACUCUUGAUUGUCCUCUGAAUUGUUCAGGAAAAUAAGCACUGGCCUUGCCAAUAAUAUCCAACUUCUAGGAAAAAAAAUUAACAAUAGUAUAUGGGGAUAAACCCUGUAACCGAAAGACCAGUCAGUUUAAUUUUGGUGAUGGGGAGAGUUAAAAUAAUAUUCAAUAAUUGGGAUUCACGUGGACAAGUGUGGAUUGAUUAGAGGGAGCCUGUAUGGAUAUGUUAAAAGCAAAUCAUGCUUUAUUAAUGUAAUGGGGUUUAUUUGAUGAAGUCACUGAGAAGGUUGACGAGGGAAAUGCAGAUGAUGUGGUAUAAAUAGAUUUGCAAAUCACAGUUCAUCAGGUCCCAGGUUUAACAUGAAAAUUAAAUGCCAUGGAAUGAACAGCACUAUAGCAGCAUAGCAACAUUGAAAGAAAAUUGGCCAACUAACAGGAAUCGGGAGUAGUGAGUAAAUAUUGAGAUGUUCAAAAAUGUUUAACAACAGUACCCAGAAAAAAUGCUGGAUUUUUCAGAGUGAAGAAAUAUUAGAAAAUAUGAGAAAUGAAGCCAAUCAGAAAUUUCAGUCCAAAGUUCUCGCAAGCGGAAAGUUUACUCCAAAUGAUUCUCUGCCUCUGUUGGAACCUCAUGAAGAAAAAGUGCUACGUAAAUACUAUGAAAAACGGCUAUUGGAUUUCUGCUCUGCAUUUAAACCUGCCAUGCCCAAAUCUGUGAUGGGUACAGCAAGUAUGUAUUUCAAGAGAUUUUAUUUAAAUAACUCCUUAAUGGAAUAUCAUCCCAGGACAAUUAUGUUAACAAGUGUGUACUUAGCAUGUAAAGUGGAUGAAUUUAAUGUCUCCAGUUCUCAGUUUGUUGCUAAUCUGUGGGAAAGUCCUGCGGCCCAAGAGAAGGCUCUGGAACAAAUCCUUGAAUAUGAACUGUUGCUAAUUCAGCAGCUGAACUUUCAUCUUAUUAUCCACAACCCAUUUCGACCUUUUGAGGGAUUUCUUAUAGAUCUAAAGGCCCGAUGCUCAGCACUUGAAAAUCCAGAAGUUUUGCGAAAAACAGCAGAUGAAUUUCUCAGCAGAGAAACCAUGACUGAUGUUGGUCUUCUGUUUACACCGUCACAGAUAGCAUUAACAGCCAUCCAUUUCAGUGCCUCCAGAGUUGGUAUUAAUAUAGAUAGUUACUUGAUGGAAUGCCUAAUGUUAAAAGAUAACAAAGAAUGCCUGUCAAAACUGGUUGAAGCAAUCAGGUGUAUAAAGACCCUGGUGAAGAAGUAUGAUCCUCCGAAACUUGAAGAAGUUAAUCUUUUGAAACAGAAACUUGAACAUUUUCAUAGCUUGGAUCUUGGUGUCAGUACAAGUUUGAAGAAGCGGAAAGGGUACGAGGAAGAUGGAGCAAUUUCAAAAAAAGCAAAGGUGGAAGAAGAGGAAUGGACUGAUGAUGAUCUCAUUGAUACAAUGUAAAUACUACUUGACAUAGCUUUUGAAGCUACUUGUGGAGGAGCAGCUGUGGAGGUUCUCUAAGUUGUAUAAUCAGUUCUCAGAAUAAGCAACAAAAAUGACUAAGUUAAAUGAGAUGCAUCUUUGGAUAGAGCCUUAAACCCAAUGAUUUGAAAGACCAACUAAAGGCUGCAGACCACAAAUUUUCUAGCAAAAGAUAUUUGAUGAUCUAUUUUUUUUAAACCUAAACUGUUGGAAAUUUUGAAAGUACUGCAAAGAAAUCAAAAGGAGUUUCAACCAGAUCACAUUGCUGAGGCUGGUCUGAUUUUUGACAGUGUAUGAAAUUUGUUAUGUGGAAGCAAGUUUUAAAUGUUCUAUUUUCAAUGAAUUUGAAAUUAAUGCUGAGAGCAGGCUGACAUUCUGUAAGUCAAAGAAAAAUUAAAUAGUGAAGAGUUGAAGUAGCAACAGCCUGUUUUGCCUACAAUCAACGUUUAUUAACUGUGCCUUUUUGUUGAUAACUGCCUGCUUUAUAACUUCCAGUUUACAGUGGCUGUUGCCUGAAUUCUUUAAAUCUAACUGAAGUGUGUGUACAUUGAAAUCAAUGCUGACAUCCAAAACAUGGAGCAGAUUGGCUGAAAAUCUGCUGUUUCUGUUCAGACCACUUCACACACAGACUGCUUACACAGAGCUCCUUCAGAGUUACUUCUGGGAUCCACAACCCCAGUUUCCUUUUUAUAACAUUCCUUUGGCCACUCCAUAGAAAAAUAACCCAUCACAAAAUAAAUAUACCAGAAAAAAUUUACAAAACAUGUCACAAAUUAACUAAUUACCCCAAUGAAUUCCCCUUGUGCCUUUUUUUUGUGUGCCUGUACAAAUGCACCUAAAGUGCUCUGUAGUGGCUGCAGCACAGCUGGUGGAAGCCUACUGCUCUAGGCCUAGAAGACCCAAAAAUGUACAGACACCUCUAUCACUUCCUCUGGCAGUUCAUUCCAUAUCUGCACACAUUGCAUGAAAGUUUCCCCGCAGUUCGCUUUGAAAUCUUUCCUCUCUCACUUUAAAUCUAUGCUCUCUAGUUUUGGACUCUCCUAACCUGGGGAAAAGACUGUGGCUAUUCACCUUAUCUCUUCCCCCUCAUGAUUUUAUAAACCUCUGAGGUCACCCCUCAACCUCCUACACUCAAUGGAAAAAGUCCGAGGCUAUCCAGCCUCUCGUUAUAAUUCAAACUCUCCAGUCCCAGUAACAUCCUCAAAUUUUCUUUUGCACUCUUUCCAGCUUAAUGACAUCCUUCCUAUACCAGGGCAACCAGAACCAGUUCUCCAAAUGUGGCCUUAACAACAACUUGUACAGCUGUAACAAGACAUCCCAACACCUGUACUCAAUCUCCUACUGAUGAAGGGAAGCAUCCCAAAUGUCUCUUCACUACCCUGGCUACCUGUGUUAUCACUUUUAAAGAACUGUACCUGCACCCUUUGCUCUCUAUGUUCUACAAAACACCCCCAAGGCCCCACCAGUUACUGUGAAAGUUCUGCCCUGUUUGUCUUAUGAAAUUGCAACACUGUAUAGUUUUCCAAAUUAAAUUCCGUGUGCCAUUCCUUGGUCUACUGGCCUAGUUGAUCGAGAUCCUGUUGUAAUCUUGGAUAACUUUCUUCACUAUCCACUGUACCACCAAUUUAGUGUCAUCUGCAAACUUACCAACCAUGCCACCUAUAUUCUCCAAAUUUUUGAUAUAAAUGUCCAACAACAGUGAACCCAGCAUUGAUCCCUACAGCACACUGCUGGUCAAAGGCCUCUAUUCUGAAAACCAGUCCACCGUACUGCCUCAUCUAUUUAUCUCUUGGAAACAUCUGCAAAAACCUCAAUCAAAUUCAUGAGACACGAUUUCCCAAGCACAAAGCCAUGCCGACUAUCCCUUGCCUUUCCAAAUGCACGUAGAUCCUGUCCCUCAGAAUUCCCUUCAAUAAUUAACUUACCCACCACUGAUGUUAGGCUCACUGGUCUGAAGCUCCCAGGCAUUUCCUUGUAGAUUCAAUAUUGAAUUGUGGCAUGAAUGUUACAAGGAUAGAUGAUGCAUUCAUGACAAAAUUGCAAAUUUAUAAAGUGAGUAAAAUUUAUACUUGA